GUAAUGUAAGAUUUGUGUGGAUCUUCUUUCGGCCGAGGAACGAGAGGCAGACGUUGACCGCAAGUAAACACAAGUUUGGCGCGAAAAGAAUCGUCCGUCAUUUGAGACCUCAGCCCUUGCUCCCGUAUUAGAUCUUAAGCAAUAUCAAGAUGCAGUUUGGAGGGCGUAGAGUGAAGCGGAGCCGCAGAGUUGAGGUUGAGACAUCUUACCCAUGCAGCCUUCAGUUUUACUCAAACCCACCAUCUGGCAAUAUUUCCCUCAUGGAAUUUGAUGAAAUGGCAGUUGAGAGGUUGAAAGUACUGCGAACAGUUGAGCGAUUAAACCUCAGUGGCCAGGUGAAGAGCUCAGAUGAAUGGAUGAACAAAUUGUAUGAUGAUUUUGUCAAACAUAAAUAUUUUAUACUUAAUGCUGAGAAAAACCUGGACAAGAAACGAGCUGAUGUGGAGGCAGCCAGGAGACGGGAUCAUAUCUCACAUUUCAUUCUAAGGUUGGCUUACUGCCGUACUGAGGAGCUUCGCCGAUGGUUUAUUGCACAUGAGUCAGACCUGUUUCGAGCUCGAUUCAUACACUGCUCACGGAAUGGCUCAGAUAUUAAGAACUUCAUGUUAUGUAAUAACCUCCAUUUUACACCAAUAUCAAUGGAGGAAAUGCAGAGUGAACGUGAAAACCUGAUGAAUGGCACAUACAACAUUAGUGGUGUGGAUCAGAUGGAAGGACGUACAUUCUUCAAGGUACCUUUCACAGAGGCCCUUGAGCUAGUCCGAUCCAGAAAAGUAUACUUAAAAGGAGGCUUUGCCUAUGUUCCUGACACGGACUUGGUCACGUUGGUCACUACCUGCUUCAGGGCCAACCUCUCGCAGGCUCUUGCUAUGACAAAUAGAGCUUUACCUGAACUAGAGGACGAUGAAAGGUUAAUGCGACUCCUUCAAGACUUUGACAAGCGGUACACAGGCAGUGAUUAUUCCCAGAAGAAGGGUGGAGAAAAACACCGCAUCACCCCAGACAUGAUUGACCAGCUGGCGGCAACAUCAUUCCCGUUGUGCAUGAGACAGUUGAAUGACACACUGAGAACCACACACCACCUGCGGCAUGGAGGUCGAGUCACCUAUGGUCUAUUCCUGAAGGCAGCAGGAUUGAGUCUGGAAGAUGCCUUGUACUUCUGGCGAUCACAUUUUACCAAAAACAUGGAUGUCGAUAAGUUUGACAAGCAGUAUGCCUACAACAUUCGUUUCAACUACGGAAAGGAAGGAAAGAGAACUGACUACACACCUUACAGCUGUAUGAAAAUUAUCAUGACUAGCAUUGGCCCAGGGGAUGCUCAUGGGUGUCCAUUCAAGCACACAGACGCUCAGAUAUUAAGGCAGAGACUGUCAAAUUUCAAGGUUUCACAGCAAGCUGUUAAUGAGAUAAUGGAUCUGGUGAACAAGUGCCACUACCAGAUUGCCUGCCAGAAGUAUUGGGAGGUCACUCACAAUGCCACUCUGGAGACGGGCAUCAAUCAUCCAAACCAGUAUUUUGAGGAGAGCCAGAAAGUAAUCCAUGGAACAGCACCACAGAGUCAAGGCAAGAAGGUGUCGCAGGUCAAAACAAACCGGUCAGUCAUGUACUCUUCCCAGUCUGUACAAUCCACACAGGCUUCCAUAGAGGCAACACAAACUUCUACCCAGUCUACUCAGAAUACCAGCACCACAGACAUGGACUCCAUGCUGUUUGAUGAUGAAAUGGAUUCAGUUCUUGAACAAUACAUGGAGACAACACAGUCAUGAGAUAACCUUUACAUUCUGUGUUUCAAAAAAAUAUUUUGUAAUUCAAAAGAAGCAAUUAGAGGUGAAGGAAGAUGAGCCACCUUUUGGAAAGUCAUUACAUGAGUAUACAGUGUAUAUAUUUUUUGUGUUAGAAUAUUAGUUUUUCCAUUUGUAUCUUAAAAAACAUACAGAAUUUUCUCUGCUAGUUUGUAUUAUUUGGUGACAAUUCUUUCUAGUAGUUCCUUCAUACCUUCUCUUUAUAUAGUGGUAUUCACAUGGUAUAAUUAUUUUAUGAUAUACAGAAGUUUUGUAAGGCAUUAAAGUUCAUAUUAAAUUA